AUGUUAUUUUAUCUUAUUUUUAUCGUUAAUUUAGUUUGUUUCUCUGAUCUCAAUGCAGUACCUCUACAAAAACACGAGGCGAAGAUCCUGAACAGCACACGGAGAAUUUUGGGCGGACGGGAUGUUGGUGAUACAAGACCGUAUAUGGUAUACCUUCGUGCCGCCAGGCCUGCUACAGGCGUGAAAACCACCAAUGAUGACUGGCUUUGUGGGGGCACCAUCAUACACGAUCAUUACAUCCUCACAUCCGCCGCCUGCAUCGAGGAUGUUCAGCAGUUUUAUGUCAUAUCUGGCACACAUAGAUGGGUGCCACCGACGGUUACUAAUGAUGAAUGCAUAUUAAAUGGUGCCAAAAAAGCGGUUUGGAAAUGUGUACCUAAAUCUUACGUAUUCGACGGCAAAGAAUUCAACAACGUUCUAUGGAUGGCUAAUGACAUAGCUGUGGUCAAAGUUGAAGAUGACUUCAACUUCAAGCGGCGUGUCCGUGGCUGUGACUUUGUUCCUCAAAAGAUUGCCUUCAACAAUAUCAGUGAUGAAUUCGAGAAGGCUGGAACAAUUGGGAGUAUUGCUGGUUGGGGAUCUUCGGACAGGUUUUCUAGCGUAAGCUAUUUAAAUUAUAAUACUUAUCUUAAACAAAGUAUAAACUCCCCGAUACUUCAAGAAACAGAAGUAGUUCUGCUUUCGAAGCGACAUUGCAAGAAGCGGUGGGACCCUAGGUACCACCACAUUAUAGAUGAAAGCAUGAUCUGCGCAAAAGACGGUAGCGAUGGUAACGUGAUGAGCGAAGCUUGCAGCGACCAAGUGAACUGCAAGGAGCUCGCUUACUCUGACGAGGACGAAGACCCAAGCAGACGCUUCUUAGAGCCCACCAACCUCGUCGUCCACGAUCCCAGGCACGAGAGCACUAGGAGGGCGACAGAAAUUGGCGGGUUUUGUGAGAACGACCACGGUGGUCCCCUGGUGGUCGGCCAGGGCAAAAGCGCCAAAGUGGUGGGAGUCAUUUCAGCGUGUAUGACCAGAGAAAUUAGCAAGAAGUGCUAUGGACCCUACCUCUACACCAGCGUGUGGAAGAACCGACACCUCAUCAACUGCGCCAUUGACAAGGAAAUCGGUUUGACAUGUAAGAAAUUGUUGCGAUCCAGUAAGACGCACAUGAUAGAGACUAUAUUCAAUUGGAACCAAAACUCAAACAGAACGAAGAAUAUGCCCGAAAGAAAUAAACAGCAUAAGAAAAUGAGAAGAAUAAAAAACAACGGCACAAUUACUAUGGUUAAUUAA